CCAGCCUUCCAGCCUUCCAGCCUUCCAAGCCAACCAGCAUAUAAUAUUGUAUGCUCAACUACACAUAUUAGGACAUUUUUAUAUGCUCGUUGAACUUGCGAGUGUAUUUGAAAUGUACUCCUAUGUUCAACCGGACGCGUGGGUUUGCUUACGGCUGCCCUCCGAUACCCUCAAAGUUGUCCAAGUGACCCCAAAUACCACUAUCUCCCUAGGAAAAUACGGUGCUUUCCAGAGCAACCUCAUCCUCGGCCGUCCUUACCACCUAACCUACGAAAUCCAAGACCGCAAAGAGGCCUCGGCACCGUCACUACGCGUUGUCCCUGCUUCGGAGAUACACGCUGACACUAUCGCUGAAGAGGAGGCAGCACAAAACCCCACAUCGGACUCUAUAACACUGGGCGGCGAUGGCGUGCAGUUUGAGCUUGUCAGUGAGACGGGCGAGGUUGUCAUGCGCUCCAAUCGCGAGACCAUCGACAACGCAGCGCGACAGACAAUGACUAUGGAGGAGAUUGAAAUCCUCAAACGCGACGGCACAGAUGCUGGCAAAGACCUCAUUGCGAAACUCAUGCUGUCGCAUACAGCGCUUGACGAGAAGACCGCCUUCAGUUUAGCCAAGUAUAAGCUGCUUAAGACUAAAAAAUACCUGCGGCAGUUCACCGUACUCCCGCUCGACGUCCCAAUGCUGACGCAUUGGCUGGUCGACCAAAAGGAUGCAGCAAGGAUAUUGGAGAUACGCAACGAAGUCCUGGCGUUAGUAGGAUGCUGGGCAAAUGUCCACUUCUCAGGCGACCCAUACGGACUACCCACGCCGGCCCUAUCACCCACUGUUCCUGGCCAGGGCCGCUGGCUCGUUGUCGACGAAAUAGGCGGUCUCCUUGUCGCCUCUAUGGCUGAGAGGAUGGGGAUACUCCAUGCACCACCGCCGUCAGCAAACCCACCGACACCCGCUACAACCACCACUUCCAAAGACGCAGAUGAAGACGACGAAUCUUCCCCACACGACUACCUCUCUCGUCCGCCAUCUGGUUCAAAUACCAUAACCCUCAUCCACGCCAACGCCCAACCCAAUAUGUCCCUCCUCAAAUACUUCGACCACAACCCUGACACCCCAUCGCCCUCGCACCCCCUCACCACCCACCUCCACACCAUCUCCUGGCUGCAGCUCCUCGACCCCAACGCCGACACCACCUACAGCACACCACUACCCUCUCUCGCCCCCGCCGAGUUAUCCACCCUCAAAUCCGGCAAGCGCGGGCAGUACUACAAGAAGCGCCGGCGCCUCGCACGCGUCUCCGCCAUCGUGGACUCCACCCGUGCCGGCUCCUUUGACGGCCUCGCCAUCGCAGCAUACAUGGAUCCUCUCACCAUCCUCCCGCAUCUCAUUCCUCUCCUGCGCGGCGGUGCUCCCGUCGCCAUCUACUCGCCUAACGUGGAGCCGCUGACCCGUCUCGCGGAUUGCUAUAGCACGAGUCGUCGCGCGGCCUUUGUGGCUGCGCCACCCGCAGAGGGUGACUUGACGAAUUGGCCCGGAAACGAGGAUUUCCCGCUCAACCCGACGUUGCUGCUCGGAGUUGGUGUGCAGACGUCGAGAGUGAGGGAGUGGCAGGUUCUUCCGGGGCGGACGCAUCCGCUCAUGACGAGUAGAGGUGGAGCAGAGGGGUAUUUAUUUACAGGUACGCGGGUGAUUCCUGUGGAGGGCAAAGUUGAGGCGCGCGGGAAUUACAAGAGGAGGAAGACGGAUGGGGGGAAGUCGGGAGAGGUGAGCUCCGUACAGACUCCAGCGGUGCAGACACCAGAUGUUAUAGAGCAGAACAUAGACGAUGUAGUCAUGGGACAGGAUGUAGAUAUAUAA